AACCUCCCUUUUCAGGAUUUGCAAAGGGGCUCCCUUCUCCAAAUGUUACUGCAACAGGAUCAGAAGCAGACCUAGAGAUCUGCAUUAGUUUUUCCCAGGUUCUUAACUAUAUUUUACAAGCUAUCUGGGCAAAUGAAAACCAAAGGAUCUAUAAGGAUUUGGGCACAUAAUGUUGGGAUGGAGUUGCAAGACUUUGGCUCAAGGAAAGAGUAGAAGAUUUUCUCCAAACGUUGAACCAGUGGAUGCGCUUUUUCUUUUUCUUGGAUUAUUGUUGAUUUUGUUGAAUUUCGCUGCGAUUCUUCUUCCUCGUUUUAUUGUGAGCUUCGUUUUCUUGUUUGGACUAUGGCCUCGGAUCCCAGUAUCCCAGGGGCCAGUAUCUGUGGAGAAUUACCCCCGAGUUAUACGCGUUCUGCCCUGCCUGCAAACUCAGAUCUGCUCCGGAGACCCAGUUAUUGCCACGCUGCUUUCGCACUAAAACAGAUUUCAAAGGGUAAGGCUGUGGGGCAGAAAGCCCCCCUGUGGAUUCGGGCGCGGUUCCAGGCCCUGCUCUUCUCCCUGGGCUGUCAGAUCCAGCGGCACUGUGGAAAGGUCCUCUUCAUUGGACUUCUUGUAUUCGGCGCUCUGGCGGUCGGAUUGCGGGUUGCAGCAAUUGAGACGGAUAUCGAGCAACUUUGGGUGGAAGCUGGCAGCCGUGUGAGUCGAGAGUUGAGGUACACCAAGGAGAAACAAGGAGAGGAGACUGUCUUCACGUCACAAAUGCUGAUUCAGACCUCUAAACGGGGAGGUACCAACAUCCUUACCCAGGAAGCUUUGCUGCAGCACCUUGAGGCCGCACAAGCAGCCAGCAAAGUCCAGGUGUCUUUGUAUGGAAAGUCGUGGGAUCUGAACAAAAUCUGCUACAAAUCGGGUGUCCCUGUCAUCGAGAAUGGAAUGAUUGAGAGGAUGAUCGACAAGCUCUUUCCCUGCAUGAUUGUGACUCCUCUGGACUGUUUCUGGGAGGGAGCCAAACUCCAGGGUGGCUCUGCCUACCUUCCAGGGAAGCCAGAUAUCCAGUGGAUGAACCUGGACCCAGUGCAGCUGAUGGAGGAGCUGGGUCAGUUCACAUCGCUCGAGGGCUUCCGUGAGAUGCUAGAGAAGGCGCAGGUGGGCCACGCCUACAUGAACCGGCCAUGUCUGGACCCAACUGAUCCCGACUGCCCCGACAGUGCACCAAACAAAGUGCUGCGUGAGUGUCCUGACAUUGUGCAGCAGCUGCGUGGCGGCUGUCACGGCUUCUCCAAGAACUUCAUGCACUGGCAGGAGGAGCUGAUACUGGGCGGCAGGGCCAAAGACUCCCAGAACACUCUGCUCAGUGCUGAAGCUCUCCAGACUAUGUACCUCCUGAUGAGCCCCAAGCAGCUUUAUGAACACUUCAAGGAUGACUACGACAUCCAUGACAUUAACUGGAAUGAGGAGAAGGCCACUGCCAUUCUAGAGUCCUGGCAGAGGAAGUUUGUUGAGGUGGCUCAUCAAAGCAUCCUCCAGAACUCCUCUCAGAGUAUCCACGCCUUCUCUACCACCACCCUCAACGACAUCAUGAAAUCCUUCUCCGAUGUUAGUGUAAUCCGUGUGGCGGGGGGUUACCUACUUAUGUUGGCAUAUGCCUGUGUGACCAUGCUGCGCUGGGACUGUGCCAAGUCCCAGGGGGCAGUGGGGCUUGCUGGUGUGCUGUUGGUAGCACUGUCUGUAGCGUCUGGUUUAGGGCUAUGCUCUCUCCUAGGGAUCUCCUUCAAUGCGGCCACAACACAGGUGCUUCCCUUCCUGGCUCUGGGGAUCGGUGUGGACGACAUGUUUCUGUUAGCCCAUGCUUUCACUGAGACUGGCUACAACAUCCCCUUUAAGGAGAGAACUGGGGAGUGCCUCAGGCGCACUGGAACAAGCGUGGCUUUAACUUCCAUCAAUAACAUGAUUGCCUUCUUCAUGGCUGCUCUUGUUCCCAUUCCAGCCCUGAGAGCUUUCUCCUUGCAGGCUGCCAUAGUUGUGGUCUUUAACUUUGCUAUGGUUCUGCUCAUCUUCCCGGCCAUCUUGAGUCUGGACCUCCACCGACGAGAGGACAAGAGGCUUGAUAUUCUCUGCUGCUUCUACAGCCCAUGCUCUAACCGGGUGAUCCAGAUCCAGCCGCAGGAGUUUGCCGAUGCCAACGAUAACCACACCUACCCGGUCUCCACUUAUAGUGGCCCCACCAUCACCACCAGCACCCAGAUCACCACCACGGUGCAGGCCUUCACGCAGUGCGACGCCUCGGGCCAGCACAUCGUCACCAUCCUGCCUCCCACGUCCCAGAUCUCCACAAGCCCCCCCUCUGUGCUGGUGCCUCCCAACCCAGACCCCUACGGCUCGCAGCUCUUCACACCCUCCAGCUCCACCCGCAACCUCCUGGCCCACGUGGAUGAGUCCAAAGGGGGGCGGGAGUGCGUGCCUCUGCCCUUCUUCCGGUGGAACCUGUCUGACUUUGCCCGUGACAAGUAUGCUCCACUGCUGCUCAAACCAGAAAGCAAGGUGAUUGUUGUUGUCCUGUUCAUGAGCCUCCUGGGGCUGAGCCUCUACGGCACUACAAUGGUUCAUGAUGGCCUCUACCUGACUGACAUUGUCCCUCGUGACACCAAGGAGUAUGACUUUAUCUUGGCUCAGUUCCAGUACUUCUCCUUCUACAACAUGUACUUGGUGACUAUGGGCGGCUUUGACUACCCCCGCUACCAACGGCAGCUCCUACAGCUACACAACAGCUUCAAGUCUGUCAAAUACGUGGUUCGUGACAACAACCAGCAACUUCCCCGGAUGUGGCUGCAUUACUUCCAGGACUGGCUCCAAGGUCUGCAGGCAGCAUUCGAUGCUGACUGGGCAGCAGGCAGGAUCACCCGUGAUAACUACCGCAAUGGCACAGAGGAUGGUGUACUGGCAUAUAAACUGCUUGUCCAGACUGGCACUAAGAAGGAGCCAUUCAACUACAGCCAGCUGACCACUAGGCGACUGGUAGAUGAGGAAGGCUUGAUCAACCCUGAUACAUUUUACAUCUACCUGACGGUGUGGGUCAGUAAUGAUCCUCUUGGUUACGCAGCCUCCCAGGCUAACUUUGACCCCCACCCUCCUGAGUGGAUCCACGACAAAUAUGAUACAACGGGGGAGAACCUGCGCAUUCCCAUGGCUGAGCCACUGGAGUUUGCUCAGUUCCCAUUCUAUCUGAACGGUCUACGGGAGACCUCAGACUUCAUUGAGGCCAUCGAGAGUGUACGCUCCAUCUGUGAUGAUUUCUCCAAGAAGGGCAUCCUCAACUACCCUAACGGCUACCCCUUCCUGUUCUGGGAGCAGUACAUUGGCCUGCGCCACUGGUUCCUGCUCGCCAUCAGCGUGGUACUGGCCUGCACCUUCCUUGUGUGCGCCAUCCUCCUGCUGAACCCCUGGACAGCCGGCAUCAUCGUGUUCAUUCUGGCCAUGAUGACGGUUGAGCUCUUUGGAAUCAUGGGAUUGAUCGGUAUUAAGCUGAGCGCCAUCCCCGUUGUAAUCCUGAUCGCUUCUGUGGGGAUCGGCGUGGAGUUCACCGUCCACGUAGCACUGGGCUUUUUGACGGCUAUCGGCAACAGGAAUCUCCGCUCCACGGUGGCACUGGAACACAUGUUUGCCCCUGUGGUAGAUGGCGCCAUCUCCACUCUUCUGGGCGUGCUGAUGCUGGCUGGGUCCGAGUUUGACUUCAUCAUGAGGUAUUUCUUUGCAGUUCUGACCAUCUUAACUGUGUUGGGCCUUCUGAACGGACUAGUUCUGCUCCCUGUACUGCUAUCGGUCAUUGGUCCACCUGCUGAGAUCACACCAGCAGACAAUGGUAGCCGUUUACCCACGCCUUCCCCAGAGCCAAUGCCCCCUCCGAUGAACCACCAUGGUCUCUACACAGGACGCUACCCUCCAGGCCGGCGCCACCACGCCUUCUCUGAGUCGUCGGACUCCGAAUACUACUCUGAGACAACCACCACGUCGGGCCUUGGGGACGAGGAGUACCAGUACUGUGACCGAAGUGCAUAUAUCAUCCCUUCUGCCAACGCACCUCCCUCCCACAUCCUUCUGGAGGCCAGCAAGAACCCCAGCUUCCCCAAACUCACGAUUGUAAAGCCGUACAAAGAGGGUCAGGACGUCCCUGCCAAAAAGGAAACCUUAAACACACCGGGACAGCCCACUGUGAACUCUGUCAGCUCUCAGAUAGCAAGGCAGGACAACAAGCAGGACUUUCAGCAGGACCAAGGGCCAAGGAGGCAACAUUUGCCUAGUGAUAGACCCCAAGGGCCAGGGAGGACUAAUUACUCUGGUCCCAGGCCUCAAUACAGCAGCAGACCCCACUACCCUAGGACUACGUUGCCUGCGUAUGGCGCAGCAACCAGGGUACCGGGGUCUAAUAACGCUGUUACCACGGUGACUGCCACCGCCUCGGUGACAGUCGCUGUGCACCCCAGUGUGCCGGGGUCAUUCAGGGGUUACACACAUGAGGGCUUUGAGGACUGUGAAUCAGACUGCUUCGAGGAAACACUUCCACCUUCUUACACGGCCUCUGAGAAAAGAACUGACUCCUCCAAGACAGAGACCUCGGAGCUCCAGGACCUUGAUUGUGAAAGAACGAGCAGAGGCGCCUCAACUAGGCACUAGGUGUCCCACUUAAACUGGCAGUCAAAGACAGCUAGACCACCUUGUCUGAAAUGCAUCUCUUGACUGCUCAAGGGACUAUGUGGUCCUCAACCCUGCUGUAUGAACUGUAAAUAGAUCUCAGACAAACAAGAGAAUUUAUUUUAAAAUAUUAAAAGUUCUUGUUUUUAAAAAUAUAUAUAUAUUUUAAUACUAAAAAAGAGGGAAAAAGCUAUUUAAAAGAGUACUGUAUAACGUGUGUAUUCUAUUAUGUAAAAAAUGUCAGAUAUUGUAUAAGGAGGUAGGAGCUGUCCUCCUGUUUAUAAUAAAGAGAUGUAUUUUAUGUAAAAAAAAAAUAAUAAGAAAAGUUAAUUGGUAUAAUGACAAUAGUUUAUUGACAAAUAAAUGGUCAGUGUUUGUUGUUUGCUGCUACUCUGGAAAAAAAAUGCAAUUUCAUUUGCCUUGAAAAUAUGCAGUAUCCCCCUUUUUUUAAAGAAAAAGAAAUAGAUGAUUUAACUUUAAUGGUCAUGAAAUGUUGUGACAGAGCGAUGAUGCUGUUUCAUUCCAUGUUCUCUUUUUUGUUUCUUCUCUGUACAAUGCAAGGUCCGCACCCUGCAAACCUUGUUUGCAUUGUAUGUUUCCAAACCAGCAUGAACACUAAACUUAGCAUUAUUCAUGGACCAGGGUACAUCAGGUGGCGUAUGUUGGGUGACUUGGUUAGUUUAUCAUUUACAUACAGUACAUUCAUACUGGUAAGUCUUUAAAAUAAUGCCUGUAUACAUAUGAAUUCAAAUGGAAUAUCUGUUAUUCCUAACAUACAGUACAUUAACAAAUUAUAAAGUAAACAAAUUAUAUUCCAUUUUAUGUCAACUGAAUUUGUGCCCCCCCUCCCCCAUUUAUUUAAUCGUGAAUAGUGAGAAAAAGAAACACAUUUUGAACUAACAGUGAGGUCAGGAUAACAGAACUCGUCCAUGCUGCCACAAUCAUUGUAGAGUGCAGGUUACUUUUUAUUAAAGGACUCUAUUGUUUUUAAUCCUAGCUUUGUUUUAUUUUACUUAGAAAUGUUGAGUAGCACAAAAAAAAAGACAUUUUGAGGCAGCGCGGUCAGUCCCCUUGGCUUCUGUAAAGUUUUGAGUGUUUGAGGGGGCUGGUAAAGGUGUCUAAAUUCAACCUGUUUUGAUUUUUUUAAAUAUAUUGAAUAUCGGCGCUCAAAAUGAUUCAAAACAUUGCUAUAAGAUUAGGAGACUGAAAGCAGCUAGAAAUUGUCUUUUUUACUUUUUUUUUUUUUUUUGCUCCUUGCCUCUCUUAAUGACUGUUGUAGAUCUGCUAUAGACUGUGUCUUUGUAUUACUUGAAUAAGCUGUCAGUUAAAGAAUUUUAAAGUGUGUCUUGUGUAAGCUGUACAUUGGGUAAGGUCUGUAUUUUGUCAGCUACAGGUGUAAUAUUUUGUAUACCCUUAUCUUUUGACAGAUGCAAUGUUCAUCUGGAAAUGUUUGCUUUUUAAAAAGGGAAUUUGAACUCUUAAAGAGAGGGGUCUUGUUAACACUCGAGGUCUUAUUUACAAAGCAUUUGUGCAGCUUGUAAAUGUACUGUAGCUUCUAUGCAUUGACAACUGUGCAGAUGUUUGAAUGGGGAGCUUUUAUAGAUAUUGCUAAGAAGAUUCCCUUUCAUUUCAGCUACAAUGGGGCAAGGGUGCUCUCCAUAUUAAAAGACAGUUUAGACCUCAUUGCAAGACAGUUUUUAAAUUGUAUUUCUACCUUUAUUUUAAUUUUACUUUGUCGAUAAUAAGGAAUAAUUCAGUAUUGGUCACAUCACUGCCAAUUUUAAAUGCAGGGAAAAUGUGUAUAAUUUAAAUGGCAGCUUCUGUUCUUUUUGUAUACAGUGUGAAACAGUGAGUAAAAAAAUGUAGCUACUGUAGAUUCUGGAAGAGAAAGAACAACAGAAAAUGAUAUCCACUCCUUAAUCAUCAGAAAUGUAAUUAUUUGUGGGAGAGGGAAUUGGAGGCUGCAGUGGGUUGUAGUUUUUUUUCAUGUUUGUUAUGCCAUAUAAAUUAUUUAUAUAAAAUUUUUAUUUUUGUAGUUUGUACAGAAGUUAGCCAUCUGACUGAAGUUUUAUUUUUAAAGAGUAAAUAUAUAUAUUAUAUAUAAUUAUAUCUAUUUGUUGCUGGUUUUUUUUUUUUUUGAAGAGAGGGGGGUGGAGUGGGAGGUGCAAAGGGGGUUGGUGGAGUGGGUUGAGAUGUUUUAUGAUCUGAUCGCCCUUUCUGAAAUAGUUGUACACUUGGAAAAUGAAGGAGAGGUAGAGCGAUCUAGCUAUCUCCCCAUUUCUUCCUUGCCUUUCCUUCUUCAUGUCAUAGUUUGAAGUGUUUUUUUGUCAAUGUCUAAAACACUGUGACUGAAACUGUGUUACGGAAAGUUCAUAUGUGACCAUCCUUGUCCUGCACCCUUAUAGGAGCUGAACUAACAAAAUAAAUUGAAUGAAAAA